AUGCGGUCAGGAGACUCUAGGAAGGACUUUAUCCUCAUAAGCUGCGGAAACUAUUUCUCAAUAGAUGUCUCAAGCUCAGAACUUGCCGGCCUUCAUGGUACAAUUGAAAUUAAUUCAUUUCUGGACGAUGGAAAUGUUCCGGUGCUCGCAGCGAAGGUAAAACCAAGAGGAGGGAAUAAAACUGUUGAACUCUCCAAUAAAGUUGAGCCGAGUGACACAAAAGAUAAAGUGAUAGUAUUCUUCAAAUCACAGCCUGUUGUAAUUACACCAGACAAUCUUCACAAUGUCGUCUUGGUAUGCAGCAUGCUUGACUCACCAAUCAGCUCCCUUUACCACACUGUAAAGAAGGUGUUUGCACCCUUGUUACUUGAGGAUGAAAAAUGGUCGCAAGGCUUUGAUCCAAAGCUACAAAGUUUGCUGAGUCAGCUCGUAGCCGGGUUAAGCAGCGUCAUCUGCAAGCAAGACCCAUCCCAGCGAGGUUCUUCUGGUAGAGAAGAUAGCCUUGGAGGCAUCUUGACCCCAUCUGAUGAGUUCCAGUAUUGGGCUGAGGUAGCAAUGUCUGGGAACACAUUGGACAUAAAAAAACGUGCUCAGCUUUUCCAAACACUCUUUGAACCAAUAGCAAGGGAUUAUGGCAAUCUGGAUGGGUUUUCAUUGGAUGAGGGACUGAAGCUGGUUGAGACAACUAAUGAUGCUGUGGAUGAGGUUUGGAGGCAGGGGGAGUUUGACCCCUACCCAGAAAGAAGAAUGCAACAUCUUUUGGAUGUUAUUGGUGGAGAACUAGGCAGGUUUGUGCAGCGUAAACUAUGUGGCCACGACAUUUGGCGGGACCCAUUCUACCGUGUCCGCGAAGCUCUACAGAGGGCCAUCUCUAUUUGCGACAAGUGGAUUCUCCAGUGCGAGGAGUUGACAGGUCAGUGCUGGAGGACUGACCCCAUAAAUCCUUGGAAUGGUGAUAAGUUCAGUCCGGAAGACCUGUCUCAGCUGUCAGCGAGACUGCAGGAGGUCAUGACCUUGCGAAGCAUCCACGAACAACUGAUCAGGCUACUGUCAGCUGGAGAGCAACAAGAGCUGGGGACUGGCAAUGCGUUCAGCCCAUUUGCAGGCCUCAACCCAUUGCAGUAUAAUCCAUACACGCAGCCCCUAUGGAGGGCUGCAGUGUCUCAAUAUGAACGAGCUAUGGGGCCAGCUGAACAGAGGAUUGCAGGGAAAUUAAGAACUCAGUUUCGCAACCUGAGCAAGAACACACACCAGUUACUGCGGGAGUUCCAGCGUUAUAAGGAACUUACCAAAAGGGACAAUGUCAAAAAGGAGUUGAUAUCGGAAAGAGAAACACUUCUGCAGCAGCUUCAGCAGUACAUUAAAAACGUCAAGGAAGAUUUCAACACCAGAGUAAAUGAGGGCAAGCCAAAGCUAGGCAAAAACUUGCCAGAGGUUACUAACAACAUUGUCUGGGUCAGGCAACUUGAGGCCAAGGUUGAAGAAACAAGCAAUUCUGCGGAAGUGUUGCUAAAUGAUCUCUCAGGUUUCAGUCGAUUCAGAAAAGAUGCUGUGGAACUUCUGGAGGAACUGCACAGCUGGCGGCAAGAUCAGUUUGAUACCUGGUCACGGGAUACUCUGGCAGCCAUCGAGGACACAAGGAAACCUCUUGGUUUACAGACAACGGGGCGUUUAAUGGACUUUGAUACCAAAGACAACAAACUAGUUGUCAAUUAUGGUGACAAGUUAGUGACUUUGCUACGAGAGGUCCGUCAACUUCAAGGCCUUGGCUUUGCAAUACCAGCGAAGAUUCAGCACACAGCGAACGUUGCACAGAAGUUUUAUCGUCAUGGGGUCAUUCUGAAACAGGUGGCUCAUUUCCAUAACACAAUAGCUGAACAGAUGAUUCCGAGUCAGCGUCCGAUGAUGUUGACCUCAGCAAUAGCUUUUCAAAACAUCAUCAAAAACCCAAAGAAAGGCGCGAAGGAUUAUUGUCACUGUUUUUGUUACAACACUGUGGUUGUAUAUCUAAUGAACAUUGACUUGCUAAGACAGCCAUCACGAUGGAAAGAAGGAUUGAAUGAAAUCAGGAACAUUAUGGCAGAUCUGCACAGCAAGGGCUACAAGUUAGAAGACAUGAAAACAUGGAAACUGCACUGGGACAUGCAGCUGUACAAGGCCUUGGAACACCAGUAUCAAAUGGGCCUAGAGGCACUGCAUGAGAAUCUACCCGAGAUCAAGGCUGAGAUUAUUUACAGGCAUCAGAAGCUUCAGUUCCGGCCAUCAUUGGAAGAGAUCCGUGCAAAGUACUUCCGUGAGAUUAAGAAGUUCAUCAGCAUACCGAACUACUUCAAAGGCCUCAGCGAUCCAGGGCAAGCACUUAUCUUCCCCGUCAUGAUUGAGAGGAACGCUAGCCGAUUUCCGAUACUGUACCGUAAAGCGGAGGAAUUGUUCCAGAAGCUUGUGGAAGCUCAGCUUAGAUUCAAGGCAUGGGUUGUGCUUGGGUCUGUUGAUUUGGAUAAAUUAGUUGAAGAGCAGCUUCACACAGUGCCAGAUUGGGAGAGGAACUUCAAAGCUUUGAAAGGUAAAGGUAGAGAUGCAGAAAAGCUACCAAGCCAAAUAAAAGUUGACUGUAUCACUGUAUCGACAACACCCGUUAGAGCCGUGAUUGAUGAUCACAUUCAACAGCUCUUUGAUGCCCUCCUCAACUCCCUGCGAAGGUCCAUCAACAGUCAUGUGAACGAAAUUGACAAGUUUGUGACAAAAGCGAUAGAGUCGCUCUCAACGCGGCCACAAACAGUGCUGGAGAUAGGCCAGGCUAAAUCCAUACACACAGAGCUUGCUACAAAGAAAGGGUCUAUUCAGCCGCAAUUUGAUAUUGCUGAGACUAAGAACCGUUUGCUGAGGUCAGUAGCUGGUGGCGGAGUUGAGCAGCUAGGUCAACUGAAGGCUAAAUGGGACAAGUUUGAACUGAUGAUGGAGAGUCAUCAGUUAAUGGUUAAAGAACAGGUUUCUGUUUUGAAAAACAAUGUGCAGUCCCGAGUCCAAGCGUUCUCGUCUGAACUUGUAAAGUUUUUCACUCGAUGGCACCAGUUUAAACCCAGUGAGGACGUCCUCGAGGAAAAUGAUGUGGAAGCUUGUAGGAAAGCAGUGGAAGUUGUGAAAGAAAAACGAGCCGAAUUUGAUGAGCUGCAAAAAACUAUAGAUAGUCUAGUCUUUGAUUGUAAGCACUUUGACCUCCCAAAUCCUGAAUUUGAACUGGCCAAUGAACUGCAAGAAGACAUCAAGAAGCAUGAAGGUAUGUGGGGUCUUUAUGAAGAAUUCAGCACUGGUCUUAGUGAACUUGCGAAAGAGGACUGGGUAACAUUCAGGUCUAAGACGUAUCAUUUUGAAGACUUCUUAGGCCAGUGGGCUGAGAGGCUACGGGGAGGAGAUGUGGAUGGUGAGGCUAGCCUCAUGACAGUCAAGCUCAACAAAGAUAUCGAGAAAUACAGGCAUUUGAUUCCAUUAUUGAAGUACGUCCGUGGUGAGGUACUUUCGCAGGACCACUGGCUGGAUUUGUUCCGAAUGCUGAAGAUGCCCAGGGAUACGACGCUGGAGGAACUAACUUUUGGACAUGUCCUCAAUGCCUCCAGUGAAAUCAUCAGCAAUGGAAAUGAAUUGAAGAAAUUGUUUAAUCGAGCGCAGGGAGAGGUAUCAAUUCGUGAGGCACUGAGAGAACUUGAGCUGUGGGGUGCUGCAGCUGUGUUUACACUGACGGAUUACUCCGACAGUCAAAAGGUAACCAUCAAACUCAUCAAGGAUUGGAAAGAUCUUGUCACCCAGGUCGGAGACAACCAAAGUCUAUUGCAGUCGCUUAAGGACUCGCCAUACUACAAAGGAUUCCUGGAUAAGGCAACCUUGUGGGAGCAGAGGUUGGCAGAUCUGGAUGAGUAUCUGCACAACCUGAACCAGGUGCAGCGUAAGUGGGUAUACCUUGAACCAAUCUUUGGCAGAGGUGCCUUACCAAAGGAGCAGGGGAGGUUCAGAAGAGUUGAUGAAGACUUCAGGAGCAUCAUGCUGGAUGUUACCCGUGACAAUCGUUUGUUAUCAUUUGUGGUGCACCCUGGCUUGCGAAACAUAUUAACAACGGAGCUUGAUCAAUUGCAGAGGUGUCAGAAAGCACUGAAUGAAUAUUUAGAGGAUAAACGUUCAGUAUUUCCUCGUUUCUAUUUCAUUGGCGAUGAUGAUCUUCUGGAGAUCUUGGGUCAGUCAACGAACCCAGCUGUGAUUCAAUCUCACCUGAAGAAACUCUUUGCUGGAAUCCAUAGUGUUGAUUUUGACGAUGAAUGCAAGCACAUUCUUGCCAUGAAGUCCAUCCAGGGAGAGGUUGUCCCUCUCCUGAAGCCAACAGAGAUCAUUCCAGAAGUUGAGAUUUGGCUAGGCCGGUUUGCAGAGGAGAUGAAGGCAACUCUGCAGCAGCUGCUUGUUGAGUGUUUGAAGGCCUACAAGAGUGGAAGCAGUGCUGGAGUGGAUCCAUCCAAGUAUCCAUCACAGAUACUAUGUCUGGCCAAUCAGAUUCAGUUUACCGAGCAAUGCGAAGCAGCAAUCAGAGAAAAUAGUCUACAACAGUUCCUUAGUGAGGUCGAAGGUCAACUUGAUGCAUACACCCAGGCCAAUGUCCAGAUUGGUGGACAGACUGGUGUCCUAGGACUCAAACUGAAGGCAUUAAUUUUGGACACAAUUCACGGAAUAGAUGUCAUUCAACUUCUAAUGAAGAACAAUAUCACAAGCACAGAAGAAUGGCUGUGGCAAAAACAACUACGCUACUACGUCAAAGAGGACGGCAUCGCAAUAAUGCGCAUGGUGGACGCAGAAUUUGAGUACACGUAUGAGUAUCAAGGUAAUGCAGCCAAACUGGUGCACACACCUCUCACUGACAAGUGUUACCUCACUCUCACACAAGGAAUGUAUAUGGGAAUGGGAGGUAAUCCAUACGGACCCGCUGGAACCGGGAAGACGGAGUCAGUCAAGGCUCUCGGAGGGUUGUUUGGACGCCAAGUGCUUGUCUUCAACUGUGAUGAGGCUAUUGAUGUGAAGUCAAUGGGAAGGAUCUUUAUUGGUUUAGUAAAGUGCGGAGCAUGGGGAUGUUUUGAUGAGUUCAACCGCUUGGAGGAGCCUGUGUUGUCGACUGUUUCAACGCCGAUCCAAACAAUCCAAGCAACAAUGAAAAGCAGGAAACUAACUUGUGAACUUCUUGGUAGAAUUAUUGAUAUUGACCCAAAUUCUGGUAUAUUCAUCACUUUAAACCCGGCUGGAAAAGGUUACGGUGGUCGUAAGAAACUUCCCGAUAAUUUGAAGCAGCUGUUCAGACCGGUAGCAAUGUCACAGCCUGAUAUUGAACUGAUUGCGGAGGUCAUUUUGUUUUCGGAGGGUUUCAAAGAAGCAAAGGAGCUAGGCAGAAAACUUGUGGCCAUUUUUAACCUCUCCAAGGAGCUUUUAACCCCCCAGCAGCACUAUGAUUGGGGACUGAGAGCCUUAAAGACUGUGCUACGAGGCUGUGGUAAUAGGCUGCAACAAGCUAGGCAACAGGCCAAUGAAGCAGACGAUAAGGGUCCUGUAAACAUCGAAGAGUGUAAGCUGAUAGUGCAGGCCUUGAGGGUGAACACAAUCUCAAAGCUGACAUUCUCCGAUGCUAAACGAUUUGAUGCGCUGGUUAGGGACGUCUUCUUAGGAGUUGAACUCAAAGACAUUGAGUUUGAGAAACUCUCAAAUGCUCUUAAAGAGGUCUGUGCAGAAAGUAAUAUGGUUGUCAUGCCAACACAGAUAAAGAAAGCAAUGGAGCUGUACGAACAGCUACGCCAGAGGACAGGUGUUGUGGUGGUUGGUCCCAGUGGGUCUGGGAAGUCCACCACUUGGAAGAUGUUGCGUGCUGCUCUAAGCAAGAUUGGGCAGCAGGUGAAGCAGUAUACGAUGAAUCCCAAAGCCAUCCCAAGAACUCAGCUACUCGGAUACAUUGAUAUGGACACCAGAGAAUGGUCAGAUGGGGUACUGACCAGCAGUGCUAGACAAGUGGUCAGGGAGCCUCAAGAGGUUCAGUCAUGGAUAAUCUGUGAUGGCGAUAUCGACCCUGAAUGGAUUGAGUCACUGAAUUCAGUCCUUGAUGAUAAUCGAUUGUUGACGAUGCCUUCGGGAGAACGUAUCCAGUUUGGUCCAAAUGUCAACUUCUUAUUUGAGACACAUGAUCUUAGCUGUGCCUCUCCUGCCACCAUCUCCAGGAUGGGUAUGAUAUUUCUAAGUGAGGAAGAUGUUGAUGAUAAGAAGUUGGUAAAGUCUUGGAUGAAGGAAAACCCAGAAGAAAACCGGAACCAACUAGAAGGCUGGAUAGAGGAUCAUUUCUUCCGUGGUCUGCAGUGGGUAUUAGCAAAGAAUGACUUUGUAGUUGAGACCAGUAAACUGGGGGUAAUAUGGAAUGGUCUGUCCCACCUGUGGGGAGUUGCUAGUAAGCCCCAGUUUACCGUGUCUCUCAUUAGAGGUCUGGGAAGUAACUUGAACGAAGCUACUCGGCAGGAAUUUGCUAAAGAAGUUUUCAGCUGGACACAAGAGAUGCCCCCUGACUCCAGAAGACCCCUUGAUACUUACUACGAUGAGCGAACGGAGAGCUUGAUGUCAUAUGAGAUGCAGGUUUCUGAAAAUUUGAAUGCGGAUGAUUUUUCAUCAUCCGAAUCUCUACCUGUGAUCAGUACGCCAUGCGUUCAGCGUUGCUUUGAUUAUUUGGCGCCAUGGUUGAAACCAGAAGACCGACAACCAUUCAUACUGGUCGGCCCUGAUGGUUGUGGCAAAGGGAUGGUACUCAAGCAUUGCUUCUCUCAAAUGCGAUCAGUCCAGAUUGCCACGGUCCACUGCAGUGCUCAGACCUCACCCAUUCACAUUCUUCAAAAGCUUCAGCAGACUUGCAUGGUCAUCAGUACCAACACAGGCCACAUAUACCGGCCAAAAGACUCCGAAACUUUGGUCCUCUACCUCAAAGAUCUGAACCUACCAAAGCCUGACAAGUGGGGAACCAGUCAACUCACUGCUUUUCUGCAACAGUUAUUGACAUAUAAUGGGUUCUAUGAUACAAACUUGGAGUGGGUCGGUCUGGAAGGGGUUCAGAUUGUUGCGAGUAUGAAUGCAGCACAUACUGUAGGACGCUACCAGCUCACUUCCAGAUUUACGUCUAUUGUACGCAUUUGCUGUUUAGGUUAUGCUGACCAGGAUGAGCUCCAUUCCAUCUACAGUGCAUACCUGAGACCUGUGCUCCAUCAAAGCCUGGAGAGGCAUGUAGUGUGGUACUCAACAGCAAGAGUCCAUCAACUUGCUGGCUCUAUGAUCCGAGUCUAUGAGCAGGUGCGUUCCAGAUUCACUGUUGAUGAUUACAGUCAUUACCUAUUUACGCCUCGUGACUUGACACAGUGGGUACUGGCUCUUCUACGGUACGACCUUAAUGCCUCUACCUCUGAGGGUACCAGUGACUAUGUCCUUGAGGUGUGGGCCUAUGAGGCAAGGAGGCUAUUCCGAGAUCGACUUGUUGGUGAGAAAGGAAUGGCAGCAUUUGAGAGCAUCUUGAUGGGAGUUCUCCAAGUGGAUUGGAAUGCUGGACACAUUUUAGAUAGUCUCAAUGAUAAUUACUUUGUGACAUGGGGAGCAAGGGCUGAAGCGGGCAGCAGUGCAGGUGCUCCUCUGCCCCCGAAUGGAAAAGCUCUUGGACGGCUCAGCUCAAAAGAUUUGAAAGAAGUGAUCGAGAAAGGUGUUCUUGAUUAUGGCCGUGAGACUCGCGAGUUGGAUCUGCUUAUAUUCCGUGAGGUUCUUGAACACAUUGCUCGUGUUGACAGGGUUCUGACCCAGCCUGGGGGCUCUCUCCUUCUUGCUGGGCGUAGUGGAGUUGGCAGGAGGACUGCAGCUAAUCUGGUGUCGUUUAUGCAUCGCGCACAGCUCUACACGCCAAAGAUGUCCAGAAACUAUGGAUUGAAACAGUUUAAAAAUGAUCUGAAGAAUGUGAUGCAGUUGACAGGCAUUGAAGGAGAGCAGGUAGUACUGAUGUUGGAAGAUCAUCAGUUUGUGCAUCCCCAGUUCCUUGAGAUCAUCAACAGUCUGCUGUCAUCUGGAGAGGUUCCAGGAUUAUACACACCCGAGGAACUUGAACCCCUGCUGGCGCCGAUAAGAGACAAGGCAUCUGAGGAAGGGUUUCGAGGGGCUUUGGCAAACUAUUAUGCGUCAAGAAUUCAAAUCAAUUUGCAUAUUGUCCUGGUAAUGGACUGUGCAAAUCCUAUGUUUGCAGUCAACUGUAAAAGUAACCCUGCCUUCUACAAGCGCUGCUCGGUCCAAUGGAUGGAAGGAU